AAGGUGUCUUUACGUAAAGCGUUAAUAAAUAAGCUUAUCCAAACUUUAUGUAGGCUAAUCUUUGCUCUCUCCCCCACUCGCCUCGUGUCUCAAUCUCUAAGAAUAUGCCCAGGCUCCUCCUCUUUAUGAUAAUGUGACAGUAGCAUCUCCUCUCCGAGACAAGACUCCGCUCAUUCUGAUUCAACUAUGUGAUCUGUUUUUCCAUGCACGGACCCUGUCUCCCGUCCUCUCUUCUUGCAUCCCCCUCUCCUCCUCCGCAAACUCAAUGCGUACUUUUCACACUUGCAAAGCAUUCGCGCGUGUUCUGCGAAGUUACUUUCUAAAAAUAGUUUGACUUCGAAGUUUACUUUCGCACUUAUAUCCUCCGACAUGACCACUAUGGCAACCCCUGCUACUCCGACUCUGCUCCCGGCCGCUCCACUCGGACACCACCCGACACCGAGUUCCGUCUCUCCGGUCACCAACUCUCCGCCACCUGCGGCCACCUCUGCCGCUUCUUCCCCGGCUCCUCCGGUGGCGCACCCGGCUCUGCUUCACCAGUUCAGGGCGGAUCUCUUACUAUCCAACGGGACCCCGCUGAAGAGCGGAGGAGCUCCAGUGUCCAGCAGCGCUAAGCCAGUGUAUGCCACCGCGUCGCCCGUGGAAAGCACGCCGCAGAACAACGAGUGCAAACUGGUGGAUGUGAAAGGUGCCAAGCUGGCCUCGUUCACGGUGAAAGACACGGAGCUCAUCUGCCUGCCCCAGGCUUUCGACGUGUUUCUUAAGCACUUGGUCGGCGGGCUUCACACUGUCUACACCAAGCUGAAACGCCUGGACAUUGCUCCAGUGGUGUGCAACGUGGAGCAGGUCCGGGUGCUGCGGGGUUUGGGGGCCAUCCAGCCCGGUGUGAACCGGUGCAAACUUAUCUCCAGGCAGGACUUUGAGACGCUUUACAACGACUGUACCAAUGCGAGUUCGAGGCCUGGACGACCGCCCAAGAGGCUGCAGAGUGUGACAGAGGGCGGGACUCACCACAUGCUGUCUCACAGUGGGCUGAUGCACGCUGGGAUCAUGCCUCCUGCAGUACAACCAUUCAGCCUUGAGAAUCAAUCCUCACCAGGAUUCCUUAUCAGUCCCUUCAGUCUGCAUAUAAAUGAAAAAGUUACAAACGCCUGGCUGAAAAAUCUCUCUGCCCUGGCCAAAAAGAUCAAGCUGGAGGCGAUGGCCAGUUACCACAGCAACCAACAACAUGGCGGACCAAACGGAGAGAAUGGUGACCACAACCCUGGAAUGGUUCUGGAUCAGUUGCCCUUCAUGAUGAUGUCACAUCCUCUGAUCCCUGCCAGCCUGGCGCCGGCUUCCGUUUCCAUGGCGAUGGGCCAGAUGAACCGACUGAGCACACUGGCCAGCAUGGCCAAUGUGGCACAGCUCCACGCCAAUCCCCCUGCCAGGGCUCCCACCUCAGUCAUUAAGGAGCGAAUGCGGGACAGGUUAUCUCCUUCUCCUUCACUGGAAGAAGCUCAGAUGUCAUCAAAUCACAGCAGUAGUGUGUCAAGUUCGCCGUCACACACCGAACGCACUGCAGAAACCACACAUUCACUACAUGAUGGCCUGUCGUCGAGUCACAACCUGCUGGGACACUCUCCUGGUAUUAUGCCUAGAGAGACAGAUGUGACUUCAGUGGAAUACAAUAAGGAGAACAAGAGGAGACACACUGACAGAGAUAACAGCUCCUUGGCUGCUCAGACAACCAGGGAGAGUUGUGAUAGACAAGUCUACCAGAAACCCCCAUCAGGCAGGGAGACCUGUGAGAGGGUAUCUUACCCUGCAGGACAGAAGCUCACAGCAGGUCUCCACCACGCUCCCUUCAUCUUCCCGGAAGGCUUGUCCUCCAUAGAGACCCUGCUCACGAACAUCCAGCAGGGUCUGCUGAGGGUCGCUAUAGAGAAUGCCCGGGCACAGGAAAAGCAGGAUCAGCUGGAGAGAACAGAGCUGAAGAUGGAGCUUGUCCGAGAGAGGGAGCUCAGGGAGACACUGGAGAGACAGCUGAGCAUGGAGCAGAAAAACAGAGUUCUGAUUCAGAAGCGCCUGAAGAAAGAAAAGAGAAGUAAGAGGAGACUUCAGGAGGCCCUGGAGGAGGAGGUCAAACUCCGCGAUCAGGCAGAACACAGCGUGCUGCAUACUGCCAACACACACAGAGGCCAUCAAUCAUCGGCAGCCCCUCCUCACACAGAAUCUGUGACCCAAGACGUGGAUGGGAGCAGCCACGAUGACAACAGGCUGGACACCAAGGCGACAGUACAAGAGGGCAGAGUCUUCCUUCAAGCCACCGGGAUCUACUGAGUCCGAGGUGGAAGGAUGGAUGGAUGGAUGAAUGAAUGAACGGAUGACAGAGCAGAGUGAUGAAGAUUCUUCAUUUAUGACAAACACAAUCGACAGGCACGCUCAUGCCUGCAGUGGCAUCUGGGACCCAAAUCUCCACCUUCGCUACAUCUCAAGAGUGACAUCAGAACUUUCUCAUUGCUCUCUUGUUUAAUUUAUUGCAUUUAUCAUCAAAUCUCAGCUGUGGUGGGAAGGAUACUUUAUUCUGAUGUUGUGUUUGACUGUGUUUCUUUCAAUCAAGGUUUUUAGAUCCUAGAUGAAGAUGACCAUAGAUGUUUUUUGUCAGUGCUGUUUAUUUGGACACAAGUGAUAAAUAUAACUUGCAACAGAGUUGUGUACAUAUAUAUAGUCAUCAUUUUUAUUAUUAUUAUGAGGAAUACAAACAUAAUGGCAUGUUGUACAGUCAGUAAAUGACUUGUAUUGUGUAUGUUACGCAUUAGUGCAGUUUGACAAUACAAACAAUACAAAUCCUUUUUAUUAAA